AUGUCUCAGAUGGCGUUUAUGUCGAGAUUCUCCCGCUCCAGGAGCAACUCCAGAUCACCAAGUAGGAAGGAUGCGGAGAAAGGAGGUUCAGGCUCUCCAAUGCUUUCUGUGAGCGAGCUGGAACGCUUGCUGUACACGGGGAAAACAGCCUGCAACCACGCGGAUGAAGUCUGGCCAAAUUUAUACAUCGGUGAUCAAGAGAUCGCCGCAAAUCGAAGGGAGCUGGCGAAGCUUGGCAUCACCCACAUCCUGAACUGUGCCCAGAGCAAGUGGCGAGGCGGGGCGGAGUACUACGAGGGCAUGAACAUCACUUACCAGGGCAUCGAGGCUCACGACUCACCCUCCUUCGACAUGAGCGUCAACUUCUACCCCUCCUCCGAGUUCAUCCACAAAGCACUCAGCAGUGGAGGCAAAGUCCUUGUGCACUGUGCCGUGGGCGUCAGUCGGUCGGCCACCCUGGUGCUGUCCUACCUGAUGAUCAGACAGAACAUGACCCUACCGGAGGCCAUCAGGACGGUGAAGGACCAUCGCGGCGUCAUCCCCAACCGAGGCUUCCUGCGGCAGCUCAGUGGCCUGGACCUCAUCCUGCGGGACAGCCGUGCUGGGCUGUCGUAG